UGGGCCUGCACUGCAGGCGGCGGCAGCAGCAAGGCAGAGCUCGUGUCUACCCAAGGGGCAGAGGCCGGGUGGCGAGCGAUCCCGGGCCGCGCAGAGGAAUUUCUCAGAGGCGGUCCCCACGCCGACGAUUCGAUCCUCUUCGUCCGGUCGUUCACUACCACGCCCUUCACCCGUUAAUCUAUGGAAAAGCAAGGAAGAAAAGGACAGAGAAAAGUAGUAGUAGUACUUCAAUUGACAGCUGACCCCGCGUAUAGAGAGAGACGAAGCACCUAGGGGUACUGCUCCUAGGCCCUAGCUAGCUAGUAUGUAGGCGUCGCUCCCUAGCUUCUAGGCUAGGGACUAGGUCUUUUGAGUGCUCCCGCAACUAGACAGAGAUUUCUUUAUAGUGGAGUGGAGGUGAUGCGAGGGACGGAGAAAAGGAGUGCAGUGUACUCCUAGCUAGUAGCUCCUCCUAUAGAGAGCACCUUGUGUUCUUGCGCUUUCUAGCUAGGAAGCUCUCCUUCCUUCCGCGUAGCCUAGACGACCACUGUGCCUGAUCCUGUCAGCUCAGAACGUCCGCUCUGCCCUCCACGAGUAAGCGUGGCGUCGCCGUCGCCGUCGGGGCGGCGCUUCCCGUCGGACACCACGGCGAUCGCGAGCUGGCUUCCGUCGCCCGCCGGCGCCGGCCGGGGGGACGACCUCUCGCUGGGUUUCAAUGCCGGCGCCGCCUCCGCCUCGUCUGGCGCCUCGCUGGCGGCAGGGCUCUGGGGCUCCGCGGCGUCGCGCCAGGCCGCGGCUGCUGCCGCUGCCGCCGCCGCCGCCGCGGCGCUCGGCUACGGGGCGAUAGGCCCCACCGGCGACGUCGGGAUGCUCGUCGUCGCGCCUCCGGGCUCGUUCCACCACCAGCGGGCAGCCGACGACGACGACUCCGUGCUCCCGCUCGUCACCGCGGCGCAGCGCACCCUCGUCAACGCAGACGCCGCCUCCGGCGGCCACGGCAAUCCGCCCGUGUCGUCCGCUGGUGCCAUCCAGUUUUGGCACCAGGAGCCGGCCCCGGAUGGGCAUGGGUCCCACGGCGAGAAGGCCGUCGCCAUGCUGGAUCACGCCAGCGGCGGGCCCGGGUCCGGCGGGGCGACGUGCCAGGACUGCGGCAACCAGGCGAAGAAAGGCUGCGCGCACAGCCGCUGCCGCACGUGCUGCAACAGCCGUGGCUUCGAGUGUGACACCCAUGUCAGGAGCACCUGGGUGCCCGCCGCGCGCCGCCGAGAGCGCCUGCAGCUCGCGGGUGGCGGUGGCGCCGGCGCCGGAGCCUCCCCUCCUCCCCCCACGCCCGCCACGACCAAGAAACCCCGCCUGGCGUGCCCGAUCCCCACGACGACGGCGGCCAACUCUCGCGCCUCCACCUCCAACGCCACCACGCCUCGCAGCUUCGACGCCUCCUCCGGCCACCAAGACGCGUCUUUCAAGGACAGCCUGCCGCGGCAUGUGCGCGGGCCGGCGGUGUUCCGGUGCGUGCGGGUGACGUCCGUGGACGACGGCGGCGGCGGCGGCGGCACCAACGGCGAGGUCGCGUACCAGGCGGCGGUGACCAUCAACGGGCACCUGUUCAGGGGCCUCCUCUACGACCACGGCGCCGAAGCCGUGAUGCCCACCGCGUCCGACCUCAACCUCGGCAGCGCCGCCCCCAACCUGUACAGCGGCGCCAGCGCCCCGCUCAUCCUGGGUGGCCUGGGCAGCUGGGCUACGGUAACACACACACCGUGAAGUUCUGAUCGGUGAGAAGCAACACCGAUCGAGCAAGGGUGGAGUGGAGUAGUUCCGUUGUUUGUCCGCUCGCUUUCUUUGUUUCAGCUCAUUGUGACUGCUAGCAGCAGUAUAGCAGUGCAGUGGCUCAGCUUCAUGUUACUGAAAGUGUUGCCAUGUCGUGCCAAUUGGAGUUCCUUGUUCACAUCAUCAGCCGGAAAAAGUGCAUCUUCGUGAAAACUGGAAAGUCGGGGCUGUUGCCCUUUGGAACUACUACUCCAGUAGUGAAUUUCAAAGAAUUUCCAUGGAA